CUUUGUUGUUAUGCAGCUCAAUACUAAUACGUCUGUAUUUCAAGGAAGUAUGAAAAGGGGCGCAGUCACGCAUUCCUCAACCGACAGAACAAACCCACGAGCAAGAGCAGCGGCUUCCUCUCUCAAGGUGCACAGAUUAAUUUUGUUGUGGGAUGCUUGUCAGUAUUUGAAAACGAAUUUGUUGCAUUUAAACUUCUUGUAAAUAGUAUAACAAAAAUCAAGUCAACUCAGUCUUGUGUCUUCGUUCAAAUAAUAAACACGAAAGCAUGCCACCCAAGAAGAGAACUGGCGGGAGUCGCAACGAACUAAGCACAUCAGCAGGACAGGAUAAUUUGUCAGGUAAUGAGUCAGCUGAGGAUUUUGAUAAUGACGUGAAGGGUAAACGCAAGAAACCAGCAACAGAGACAUCUGCAAAGCAGAAAGGCACAUCUGAAAAAGAUGCAUCAGGAAAAACUGUGUAUUGCCACUGGUUAAUGAAAUCAGAGCCUGAGAGUCGAAUCCAGAAUGGAGUAGACGUUAAGUUUGGGAUUGAAGAUCUAAAGGCUCUUCCUAAUCAAACAGGAUGCUGGGAUGGAGUAAGAAAUUAUCAGGCCCGUAACUUCAUGAGAGACAUGAAGGUGGAGCAGCAAGCAUUCUUCUACCACAGUAACUGCAAAGAACCUGGAAUAGCUGGCAUUAUGAAAAUAGUUAAGGAGGCGUAUGUGGACCAUACACAGUUUGACAAGAAAGAUCCUCAUUAUGAUCCCUCUAGCAAGCCAGGAAACCCUAAGUGGAUUAUGGUAGAUGUUCAGUUUGAGAGGAAGACCAAGCGGUACAUCCCUCUGUCUGAGCUGAAGAAGUACCACUUACGGCACAAAGCCAAAGGUGGGCCAUUGAAGAACAUGGCCCUUUUCACCAGGUCAAGGCUCUCAGUGCAACCUCUCACUGAAGAGGAAUUUAACUUUGUGCUGAGUUUAGAGGGCAAAGGCAGAAUUUAAUGUUCUUCCACUGGAAACCACCGGAUAUGGCAAAACAUGGCAUCAGAGCUCUCCUCUGCUUGUAGGACCAUCUUGUCGUGAUAUUUUCUCUCUUAGUCUAAAAACUA